UUAGGUACCAUCCGAAGCGCUAGAUAGAUGUGGGGUUUGGGACUUUGGGGAAAAUUCGGUUGGAUAAUCAUAAUAUCUAAAACCGGUUCAAUGUGUCUUAAAACCGGAUCAAUUUUAUGUUGUUAAACCCAACUUUGCCUUGGUAUACCUCACUCUCGGCGCCGCGUUCGGUCUCUCUCAAAAUCCAUCUCCCUCUACAUCUUUUCUUCCCCCAAACAAAGCUUCUACGAUCUUCCUCGUGUUUCUAAAAGACACGAGAACUAGCAAUGACGAGCUUGAGAGAACCGCCGAGUGAGCAAGCUAUUCUAAACAUCUACGAAUCCAUGAGAUCAGAGAUGAGCCAAAUCUAUUCCAACAUAACCGACCUCGAGAUGCAAGUGAGCGAACACUCACUCGUCGUCAACGCCAUUCAGCCUCUCGACCAAACUAGGAAAUGCUUCCGAAUGAUCGGAGGCGUUCUGGUCGAGAGAACCAUCAAAGAGGUACUCCCUGCUGUCCACCGCAACAAGGAAGGGCUCGAAGAGGUUGUCAAGAAGCUGUACGAGACGUUGGAGAAGAAGAAGAAAGAUAUGACAGAGUUUGAAGCUAAGUAUAAGAUCAGGCUUAGGAAACAGGAAGAUUCCAAGGAAGAAGGUAAUAACAAAAAGGAAGGCAACGCUCAAGGUGUUCUUGUUGGAGCUGCUAGUACAAGCCAGUAACACUCUUCUUCUAUCGUUUUACGUUGCAUCUUUUUUUUUAUUAGACUGGACGAUUGCCCAUUUAUAGAUCAGUUUGUGUUGUGAUUCCCCCUUAAGCAUCAUCACUAUCUUCGUUCUUAAAGUUAGAGUUGCAGAGCCAAAACCUUAUCUUAUAUUCAAGAUGAAAAGUCAAACAUCUUUUGC